AACCAACGGCCACUACUCCGUACUCAUCCCAACCAACGGCCACUACUCCGUACUCAUCCCAACCAAUGGCCACUACUCCGUACUCAUCCCAACCAAUGGCCACUACUCCGUACUCCUCCCAACCAAUGGCCACUACUCCGUACUCCCCCCAACCAAUGGCCACCAAUGGCCACUACUCCGUACUCAUCCCAACCAAUGGCCACUACUCCGUACUCAUCCCAACCAAUGGCCACUACUCCGUACUCAUCCCAACCAAUGGCCACUACUCCGUACUCAUCCCAACCAAUGGCCACUACUCCGUACUCAUCCCAACCAAUGGCCACUACUCCGUACACUUACUACUUGACCUCUCCUCUCCUUCUCACCUCACCCCUCCAGUCUCCUCUCGCAUUACUAAC